AUGGAUGGAACCAAUGGCAGCACUCAGGGAAAUUUCAUUCUUUUGGGGUUUUCUGACCGCCCUCAUCUGGAGAGAAUCCUCUUUGUGGUCAUCUUGAUUGCAUAUCUCCUGACACUUGUGGGCAAUACCAUCAUCAUCCUGGUGUCCCGGCUGGACUUCCACCUCCACACUCCCAUGUACUUCUUCCUCACCCACCUCUCCUUCCUGGACCUCAGUUUUACCACAAGCUCCAUCCCCCAGCUGCUCUAUAACCUGAGUGGAGGUGACAAGACCAUCAGCUACACAGGCUGUGCUAUCCAGCUCUUCCUAUUCCUGGGUCUGGGUGGUGUGGAGUGUCUGCUCCUGGCCGUCAUGGCAUAUGACCGCUUUGUUGCAGUCUGCAAGCCCCUUCACUACAUGGUGAUCAUGAAUCCAUGCCUCUGCAUGGCCUUGGUGUCGGUGGCCUGGGGCUGUGGGAUGGCCAACUCCUUGGCCAUGUCCCCAGUCACCCUGCUCUUACCACGCUGUGGGAACCACCAUGUGGACCACUUCCUGUGUGAGAUGCCUGCCCUAAUCAGGAUGGCCUGUGUCAACACAGCUGCCAUUGAGGGCACUGUCUUUGUCCUGGCAGUGGGCAUUGUGCUGUCACCCCUGGUAUUUAUCCUGGUCUCCUAUGGCUACAUCAUGAGGGCAGUGUUACAAAUUCAGUCAGUGUCAGGGAGGCAAAAGGCCUUCAACACAAGUGGCUCCCAUCUCACAGUGGUCUCACUUUUCUACGGAAACAUCAUGUACAUGUACAUGCAACCUGGGAACAGUUCUUCACAAGACCAGGGCAAGUUCCUCACCCUCUUCUACAACAUCAUCACCCCCCUGCUGAACCCCCUGAUCUACACCCUCAGAAACAAAGAGGUGAAGGGGGCACUGAGGAGGCUGCUGCUGGGUGACAGAGAGGUAGGAAAGAAGUAA